AUGCAGAUCUCUUCGAUAGUCACUCUUGCGCUUCUGCCCUUGUUGGCAGUUGCCGAAGGCGAGACCAGUACUGCCACGUCCACGACAACGUUGUACAAGACUGUUACGAUCUCCAAGGUCUCCACCAGCACUGCCUUCAACUCUACGUCGAGCUUCUACCAACCCACUGGAACCGGAUACUCGUCGUCCGUCGCCGUGUCUACGACGAAGGGCAGUGGGUCAUCUUCGACUGCCUCCGCCCCCACGGUCAGCCCGACCAUUGACAACAACAGCGCCAUGUCUCUGGGAGCUGCCAAGGUAGCCGCCGCUGGCGUGGCCGGUAUGGUUCUCGCAGCCAUGAUGUAA